AUGGGAGGCCGGUUCUCCCGCGUGCAGUACCGAGAGCAAGAUGCCGCUGUUUUGAGUCACUUGGUGCUGCUCACGCAAGUCUGGGGUCUGGACGAGAUCGCGUUCCUGUCAAUGAGGCUGCGACGCCUGUCGUUCAACUUUUGCCUCACUCUCCAGCAGUUUGAGGACCUGGUGGGACUCCGCAGUAACCCGCUGUUCAAGACGAUGCUGCAUCGGUGGUUUGCCACGUUCCAGAACACGCACAGCAGCACCAUUGUGAACGGACUCGAGUUCCUCACGGCUCUGGCGCUCACCGCUGCGGACGGCAAGCUUGAGGAGAAGGCGGGCGCUGUCUUCGGUAUCUUCGACUUCGAUGAUUCGGGCGCCAUCACGCGCGACGAACUCGGAAUUCUGAUCAAGUCGGCUGUCCGUGGACUCUCCAAGGCUACGAAAGGCUUAGGCCCGAGGCUGGCAGCGCUCUGCCCCAUGAGCGAAGUGGCCGAGCUCACCCGACAGUGCUUCGUGCACUGCGACCUGGACGACGAGCAAGAUCUUCCUCGAUCCCGCUUCAUACUCUGGGUCAAGCAGACGCCAAAGAUCGUCAACCUGUUGCGCUGCUUCGUGCAGCGAGAGUUUUUGUCGGAGGAAGAGGCUGCGGUGGUGAUUCAACGCUGUUCUCGAGGAAUGCUGGCGCGUCGUGAAGCUGCCGAGCGUCGUCUUGAGCUGCAGCUCGAAGUGGAGCAGGAACUUGCUCAAGCCGCUCAAAAGAUCCAGGACGUGGUGGUCACGCGCAAGAAGAAGCGAGAGCGCUUACGACAGCAGAAGGUGGAGCAAUUCGCCCACCAUGGCGCUGUGUACUCGUUCGGAGCCAACGCUCGAGCCCAAUUGGGUCACGCAAACCUCGAGUUGUCGCGGCACGUGGUAUCCCCGUUGCUGGCGGCAUUUUUCAAGCACAAUGAGCUGCGGAUAUCGCGCGUGGCACUAAGCGAAACUCACGCGAGUGCUGUUGCUUCCGAUGGCCAAGUGUUCACGUGGGGUGCGGGUGUUCCAGGCUCCUUUGGGUUCCUCAUACCACCUCAUUCACAAGACGGCAGUGGCUUUGGCAGUACGGCUGGGCUUGUUCGGAGACAACCGACGAGAGUGGACGAUCUAAACGAUGUGAUUAUUGUUGACUCACGACUUGGGAGUCAUCACUCGGUUGCCUUGAGUGCUGGAGGAAUCGUCUACACUUGGGGGUCUGGUGGCUAUGGGCAGCUUGGACAUGGGGACUUCGCAGUCGCAGAGGACGAUUCAGAGCGCAGCGACGCCAUCUUUCGGUCUCAAUUCGAUCCUCACACUGGACGCGAGUAUCCUGUCAUCGAUCUACCGCUGCAGCUAGACUCCAGCUACUUCGAGGAGAUGCGAGUCACGCAGGUAGCUUGCGGCUGCUACUUCAGUAUGGUCGUGACUGAGGACGGCAGCGUGUUCAGCUGGGGCGAAGGCUCCGAUGGUCAACUGGGUCUCGGUUACUCGGAUUCCUUUCGCGUUGGCUUCUUGGACCCAAACAUCAGCGGCAGCAACUUCGUCUACAUACCGUCUCCUACGCGCAUUGACGCACUCAAGGAGCCGAUCGAGAGUAUCGCCGUGGGUGGCAACCAUGUCUUCGCUAUCGGUCGUGCCCCCGCAAGACACGUUUUCGAGUGGGGUGCCUGGAAGCGGCGUGGCCCCACGGAUGCACGUGAGAGUGCCUUUGCACCCCUGGAGAACGCAGCCCUGUCAGCCCUAAGCGUGCAUCAAAUAGCAGCAGGCAAGGAGCAUGCACUUGCUGUAGCGUCACGAGUUCAGGUCUCCCUCUCGGUGGACCAGUAUCCGUACCGUCGACGAUCCAGCAGCCCAGACCUCGAUGAAAAACUCUCAGAGGGUGAAUCUCUCCGCGCAGUUGCAUUAUGUGCACGAUUCGGAGCCCAGCCAUCGCAGCUCUCGCGUGCGAUUACAGGCUCAGUCUUCGCUGUGCCUUUGCCCGCUGAUGAAUUCGGUGGAUCGAUUCAGGUUUACCCAAGUGCAUCAGCUUCGUCUUCAGCGGCAUCAGCAGCGUUGAGUGCUGCAGUUUACAAUCGGUCCGAUUCACAGCUUCGAUCCAGUCUCGCGCGCUGUACGGGUAGAAUCGCACUACUUGAUCGAGGCACGUCCACAGGUCAUUGGAUCUCUCUGUUGCUGGACUCGUCGCGCCCUGCUGAACUGCUGGAGAUCCCUUGCGUACCGGCGAAUGUUGGCCCCACGCUGAAUGCUACGGGGGUGAAAGCGCAGCUAUUCUACUCACCCGAGCGUCUGUCGAGUCUGCGGUUGUACGUUCGACCUGAUGAAGUCGUUGGUCGAAUCGCUGUACUGGAGUUUGGCCAAGAGGACGUUGCCUUUGAUGCAGACGCGCUAGAGGCGGCCGAACUUAUCGGACGCCUCAUGAGCUCGUUGGUUGCGCUGGUCAAGGACGCACAAAACGCAGGCGCAGUCGGUGUUGUGAUCAUUUUCGACUUUCUAGAGGCGGACGCGUUCUCGCUGGAGAUCGACGAGGAGGACAGCGACACCGACAUUUUUAAGAUUCCUGCUGUUAUGAUACGCAAAAGUCUUCAUGGCGAACUGCUGCUUGAGCAGCUCCAAACGCCUGGAAAGCGGCCGUGGUCGAUUGUUUCGUACAAAGAGGAUGUGCUGGGGAAACAGAUUUCGAUAGCCCAAAAGGCUGGAGCCAAAGCUGUGGUAGUUGCUCAAACUCGCGUCGACCCAGAUCCGAUAAGGCUGGGCAUGAGUGUGUUUGGCGCAGGCGAAGACGAGAAGGCCCCCAGUAGUUCAGGGAUAAAGAUCCCCGUUAUCUCGAUCCCCUACCAAGUGGGGGCCCGAAUGAAAGCGACCCUGGACGGUGUAGAGGCUGAGGACUCUCAGUGCCGCAUAGCCCUCGUUGGCCCGGGGACUCUUUAUGCGUGGGGGCUAGCGGAAAAUGGUCGGCUGGGACUGGGCGACAUCGAGAACGAGGCGCUGUUUCAAUCGGGCUACGACGGCGCUCGACAGAAGAGCUACCAGUUCGUCCAGGACCCGGAGGUUGUGUCAACGCUGCUCUUUAAGGAGAUCACCCACAUUUCUUGCGGAGAGGGCCAUUCGGCUGCUGUGUCGAGUACGUGGAUUGAAUCUGUCGGUCAGCGUGGUUUUGGAACUGAAGUUACUCAAACUUCUUGGACAGGUGACGGCGCGCUUUAUUGCUGGGGAAGCGGCCGCGACGGGAAGCUUGGCACAGGGUCUUUGGAUGAUGAAGACGCCCCAGUGGUUGUUGACGCGCUGAGCUCCGUCAAGGUCGCUCGUGUCGAGUGCGGCGCCCGCCAAACGGUACGCGGCACCUUCAACUUGUCAAGCUACAAAGUGUCCACCAUGCACCUCAUUCUAAUGCAACACUCUGUAUUGCACGCACCCACACAAUCCGCAGCUCGUCGUAACGCAGAACCCUUCCGUCUUCAGCAACAGCAAGUAGCGAGAGCACCGCCAUCAUGCAUUCACCACCAAAGCAAAACACGUUGGAGACGUCGAGCUCCCUAA